AUGUCGGCUCAGGACGAGGGCGGCCGGGGUCCCCCCAAGCCCAAGGGCAAGACCCUGGGCAGCUUUUUCGGAUCCCUGCCUGGCUUCACUUCUGCCCGGAACCUGGUGGCCAGCGCCCGCGGCCCAGCGAGAGAGGCCCGGCCGGCCGCGGAGGCCGCCCGGCCUGGGACUCAGGGUGAGUGGCCAGCCCGGUGGGGGGGAACUCCCGGGGGGAGUCAUUGGGGGACGGAGGAGCCGCUCCAGCCUUCCAAGGAGCAGACGGUGUCCGGGGCCAAAGACCUGGCAUGCUCCAAGAUGACCCGGACCCAGGACGCCCUCUCCUCGGGGCUGGCCAACGUGGCGGACGCAGCUAGGGGCGUGGUCCAGGGCAGCCUGGACACCACCCGGUCCGCACUCACAGGCACCAAGGAGGCGGUGUCCAGCGGGGUCAUGGGCGCCAUGGGCGUGGCCAAGGGGGUCGUCCAAGGGGGUCUGGAUGCCUCGAAAGCUGUUGUCACUGGCACCAAGGACACGGUGUCCACUGGGCUCACGGGGGCAGUGAAUGUGGCCAAAGGGACCAUCCAGAUGGGCGUGGACACCACCAAGACCGUGCUGACCGGCGCCAAGGACACAGUCGCUACUGGGGUCACGGGGGCUGUGAACGUGGCCAAGGGGGCCGUGCAGACUGGGUUGAACACGACCCAAAAUGUCGCCACAGGCACCAAGGACACCGUCUGCGGUGGGGUGACCAGUGCCAUGAAUGUGGCCAAAGGGGCCGUCCAGGGGGGCCUCGACACCACCAAGACCGUGCUGACCGGCGCCAAGGACACAGUGUCCUCUGGGCUCACAGGGGCUGUGAACGUGGCCAAAGGAACCGUCCAGACUGGCCUGGACACCACCAAGACUGUCCUAACGGGCACCAAGGACACCGUCUGCAGUGGAAUGUCCGGUGCCGUGAACGUGGCCAAAGGGGCCGUCCAGGGGGGCCUGGACACCACCAAGACCGUGCUGACCGGCACCAAGGACACAGUGUCCAGUGGGCUCACGGGGGCCGUGAACGUGGCCAAAGGAACCGUCCAGACUGGCCUGGACACCACUAAGACUGUCCUAACAGGCACCAAGAACACCCUCGGCAGCGGGGUGACCGGGGCCAUGAACAUGGCCAAAGGAACCAUCCAGACGGGCGUGGACACCGCCAAGACCGUGCUGACCGGCACCAAGGACACGGUCGCUACUGGGGUCACGGGGGCUGUGAACAUGGCCAAGGGGACUGUCCAGACCGGCAUGGAUACCACCAAGACCGUGCUGACUGGCACCAAAGACACAGUGUCCAGUGGGCUCACGGGGGCCGUGAACGUGGCCAAAGGAACCGUCCAGUCUGGCCUGGACACCACCAAAGCUGUCCUAACGGGCACCAAGGACACCGUCUGCGGUGGAAUGUCCGGUGCCGUGAACGUGGCCAAAGGAGCCGUCCAGGGCGGCCUGGACACCACCAAGACUGUGGUCAUGGGUACGAAAGACACGGUGUGCACCGGACUCACAGGGGCAGCGAAUGUGGCCAAAGGAACUGUCCAGACUGGUGUGGACACGGCCAAGACGGUGCUGACAGGCACCAAGGACACAGUUACUACUGGGCUCACAGGGGCCAUGAACAUGGCCAAAGGAACCGUCCAGACUGGCCUGGACACCACCAAGACUGUCCUAACGGGCACCAAGAACACCCUCGGCAGCGGGGUGACCGGUGCCAUGAACAUGGCCAAAGGAACCAUCCAGACGGGCGUGGACACCGCCAAGACCGUGCUGGCCGGCACCAAGGACACAGUCGCUACUGGGGUCACGGGGGCUGUGAACGUGGCCAAGGGGACUGUCCAGACCGGCCUGGACACCACCAAGACCGUGCUGACCGGCACCAAAGACACAGUGUCCAGUGGGCUCACGGGGGCCGUGAACGUGGCCAAAGGAACCGUCCAGGCUGGCCUGGACACCACCAAAGCUGUCCUAACGGGCACCAAGGACACAGUGUCCAGUGGGCUCACGGGGGCCGUGAACGUGGCCAAAGGAACCGUCCAGACUGGCCUGGACACCACCAAGACUGUCCUAACGGGCACCAAGGACACUGUCUGCAGUGGAAUGUCCGGUGCCGUGAACGUGGCCAAAGGGGCCGUCCAGGGCGGCCUGGACACCACCAAGACUGUGGUCGUGGGUACGAAAGACACGGUGUCCACUGGGCUCAUGGGGGCUGUGAACGUGGCCAAAGGGACUGUCCAGACUGGUGUGGACACGGCCAAGACGGUGCUGACGGGCACCAAAGACACAGUCGCUACUGGGGUCACGGGAGCCAUGAACAUGGCCAAGGGGACUGUCCAGACCGGUGUGGACACCACCAAGAUGGUCCUAACGGGCACCAAGAACACCCUCGGCAGCGGGGUGACCGGGGCCAUGAACAUGGCCAAAGGAACCAUCCAGACUGGCAUGGACACCACCAAGGCCAUGCUGACCGGCACCAAGGACACCGUCUGCAGUGGGGUGACCGGUGCCAUGAACGUGGCCAAAGGGGCCGUCCAGGGGGGCCUGGACACCAGCAAGUCUGUGGUCCUGGGUAGUAAAGACACUGUGUCCACCGGGCUCAUGGGGGCCAUGGACGUGGCCAAAGGGACUGUCCAGACUGGCGUGGACACCACCAAGACUGUCCUAAUGGGCACCAAGAACACCCUCGGCAGCGGGGUGACCGCUGCCAUCAAUGUGGCCAGAGGGGCCGUCCAGACUGGUGUGGACACCACCAAGACCGUGCUGACCGGCACCCGAGACAUCGUGGCCCCCAGGCUCACGGGCGCAGGCGAUGGGGCCACAGGGGCUGUCCGUGCUGGUCUCAGCACCUUCCAGGACUGGGUGCCUGGCACGCAGGACGCUGUCUGGGGCAGACCCACCGGCCGCGGGACCACGGACGACAGGGGGGAAACCACUGGCCUGGGCUCCCAAGAGGCCCUGUCCUUGGGGGUCCCCAGCCCCCCAGCCUCGCUCGGUGCAGGCCUGGCGCUCGCCCGGGAAACCCCAGCUGCCACCGAGGGCCUUGGGUCAGACGUGGCCGCGCUCACCCACGGGGCCACCUCGGGUCUCGCGCCGCUGCGGGGUGAGCUGGAGGGUCUGGGGGAAAUCUUCAACCCCAUGACCGCGGAGGAACAAGCUCAGCUGGCCGCCUCCCAGCCCGGGCCCAAGGUGUUCUCGGCCGACCGGGACAGCUACUUUGUCCGUCUGGGCGACCUGGCGCCCGGCUUCCGCCGACGGGCGUUCGAGCACGCCGUGAGCCACCUGCAGCACGGCCAGUUCCAAGCCAGGCACGCGCUGGCCCAGCUGCAGGGCUGCUUCGGGCUGAUGGAAAAGGCCCAGCAGACGCAGGAAGGGCCGCAGUGCCCGGACCCGGGCUGGGGCGCUGGAGCGGAGGGCGGGGCUGCCCCGCAGGGCUGGGACGCUGGGGCACUGUCCAGGGCCCGCGGCCUCAUCCGGCAGCUGCACGUGGCCUACAGCGCCCUGGCCGCGGGCCUCCAGGGGCUGCCGGCCGAGCUGCAGCGGCAGGGGGGGCGCGCCCGGCACAGCCUCUGCGAGCUCUACGGCGUGGUGGCCUCAGCCGCCUCUGCGGAGGACCUGUCAGCGACACGCGUGGCCCAGAGCCAUGAGGGCGUGUGCCAGGCGUGGCAGGGGCUGGAGCAGCUGCUGCAGGGGCUUCAGCACAGCCCCCCGCCCGGCUGGCUGGUGGGGCCCUUUGCCCUGCCGCCCGGCGGGCAGGGGCUGUAG